UUUUCCCGGGACCACGUGACUGGAAAGAAAAGUCAGGGGGGGGGGGAUUAGAGAUGGGGAUAUAAAGGCUGAAGACACAAACCAAACACCACAGUGGGAAGAAGAAGACGUAGGAGGAGAUCAGUGGUGGGCUCUUGGGAUACCUCUGACAGAGAAAAAUGAACGCCGGCCCCCCUGCAGCAAGCGCCCUGACCCCUGGUGGAGUCACCGGCCCCACCACACCCAAGAAAGGCCCACCUAAAUUCAAGCAGAGGCAGACCCGCACAUUCAAGAGCAAGGCUCCUAAACCAGGCCAGAAGGGCUUUGGUGACGACAUUCCCGGCAUGGAGGGUCUCGGCACAGACAUCACGGUGGUGUGCCCAUGGGAAGCCUUCGGCGACAUGGAGCUCAGCGACUUGGCCAAAUACGGCAUCAUUUAAAGCCGCUGCCGCCGCCGACCUGCGCCUCGUCUCCUCGCUCCUUCCCCCGGUCCGGCUGGUCAGGAUAAGGCCGCCGACACCCCCACUAAUGCCCCUCUCGUCAUCUACCUCCCGCCUCGCUCCACUAAGUGGAUGCACGGCAUAACCAUUCUUAUGUUUUCAUAUUAUUAUUCAUAUCAUACUGUUUACAGUAUAUAUUAUACUUGAAAUAAUGACGAGAAACCAUCACCCCGCACUUCCUUUCCCCGGAAUCAUCCAUCUAUUAUAGACGCUCUCCAUCCCCAACCCCACCCAAAGGCAACGGAUGCGAGCAGAACUGGUCAAAACUAGUUUGAUUUGCUUCUAGCUGUCUAUUUAAAUGUAAAUACUUUGUACCUCGUAUCCUCUUUUAUCCUUUUUUACUUCCCUUCUUUUUAUUCUGCGUUGUACAAGGUUGCUGUAAACAUCACGGAGAGUACGCGGGAAGUUGUACACGACAAUGCACUUUGACUCCACGAUACGGUGGAGGAACCACGCCACCCUUAUAUAUAUAAAGCUCUCCACCCGCCCUGCACCCCUCCUCCCUCGUUUAGAGACGAGCGAUACUGCACGUGUGCGAGCUGCAAGCACAAACCAAAGACAAUGUUACUGUGAUCUGUCUGCGAUAGCUGCAAUAAAAGGGUUUAUUUUUAGAAUUUAA